CCUCUCUCCCGCAGACGUGGCAAGAUGCAGAGGGAGGCCGACUUCAUGGCCAGCGUGGACAGCAGCUGGAUCUCGUGGGGCGUGGGGGUGUUUAUUCUGAAGCCCCUCAAGUGGACGCUGUCCAGCGUGCUGGGUGACAGCAAGGCCCCCGAGGAGGAGGAGGUUCUGAUUUUUGUGGAGCUGCUGCAGGAAAAGGCAGAGGAAGUUUAUCGCUUAUACCAGAACUCUGCGCUCUCUUCUCACCCUGUUGUUGCCCUCUCGGAGCUGCGGUCCCUCUGUGCCAACGUUUGUCCAGAUGAAAGGACCUUCUAUUUGUUACUGCUCCAGCUGCAGAAGGAAAAGAGGGUCACGAUCCUGGAACAGAAUGGAGAGAAGAUAGUGAAGUUUGCCCGAGGUCUUCAUGCCAAAGUCUCCCCAAUGAACGAUGUGGACAUCGGCGUGUAUCAGUUGAUGCAGAGUGAGCAGCUGCUGUCACAGAAGGUGGAGUCCCUUGCCCAGGAAGCAGAGAAGUGUAAAGAGGAUGCCCGCAGUGCGUGUAGAGCUGGGAAAAAGCAAUUGGCGCUGAGAUGUUUGAAGUCCAAACGAAGGACAGAAAGGCGCAUUGAAGAGCUUCAUUCCAAGCUGGAUGCCGUGCAAGGGAUCCUGGAUCGCAUUUAUGCCUCCCAGACUGACCAGAUGGUAUUUAAUGCUUAUCAGGCUGGUGUGGGAGCUCUGAAGCUGUCUAUGAAGGAUAUAACUGUGGAGAAGGCGGAGAACCUGGUGGAUCAGAUACAAGAGCUCUGUGACACUCAAGAUGAAGUAGCUCAGACACUGGCUGGAGUGGGCGUCAAUGGUCUAGAGAUGGACACUGAGGAGCUUGAGAAAGAGCUGGAUAGUCUCCUCCAAGACUCUGCUAAGGAGCCUGUAGAUCUGCCCCCCGUUCCCCAGAAGCCACUGGAUCCUGCCGUUUCCGAUGCUGAGCUUGAAGCUGAAUUGGAAAAGCUCUCGCUUUCCGAUGGAGACUUGGCACAAAAGACUCCCUCUGCUUCAUGUGAACCCAAAACAGCUCUGGGACUGAAUCUCUAAAGACCCAACAGUUGCCCUGUUGCUGCAGCUUGAGAAGUUGUCUUAAGGUUCCUUAAUUAAUGACUGAACUUUGGGAGAGGUGGGUAGUGCUCCCCUCUUCUUUGUGGAUAUCACUUUACUAAGCAACAGGAUCUUCUGCCAUGACAAUCCACUCUCUGGAAUUGGCCCCAGCUGAUGUUUGUCAUCUCUGCCAACAUUUGCACUGGUUUCCAUUCGACUUGUUACCCCAAGUCACCUGCAACAUCCAAUCUUCCAUCUGGGAACGCAAUUUUCACUACUCUACCCAGUGAAGAUAAACUCUUCGAUGUCUAUAACAGUGCUUGGUUGUUCUUCUCUCUUUCGUUUUUCUCUUUUUUUUUUUUUUGCUGUGACUGAUGUUGAGAAGCUGAGUUGCGGCAGUGUUGCAGUUGCUCAACAUUUGGCUCUGUGUGUGGUUGUUGGAAACACUUGGCACAUAAGUACUGUCCUUGACAUAAGUUACCUGCAACAAGCUUAAACACCCGUUGAUAGUUCAGCCCCUUCCUGUGUGUGACCCUUUGCACGGUCGUGGACAGCUAGACACUGUAACUGUUAAAUUGUAGGAGAUUUUGGUGCUGCACUAGGGGGCAGCAAUUGCAAGCACAAGACAAAACUAAUUCCUCUUUCUGUAAUGACACUUAAGGCCUUAAAAGGGAGACCUGCAAAAGAUUUUCAAAGGAAGGAAAUGCUUAUGCUGCCCUCGCUGACAGAGGCUGGCAGGCGCUGCAAAACAAUUUUCUGAUUGCUCUUACUUGAAAAUUGAGCUGUUUGCUAUUUUUGUAUCUUCCCGGUUUGCAGAACUUGCGAGGAGCUGCGGGAUGAUCUGCUGGGAGCUCUCGUGUUGUGUUUUGGGACGGGGGAAGAGGCGAUGCCUUGUUUGGGUUGGUACAUGGUUUCAUACAGCAGUCUUAACCUUGCCUUUAAGCUCGAUGUUGCAAAAUUGUGGGUUACCAAAAACAACCCCAAACAAAACCCUGUAAAUGUUUCUAAUGGGAGGGGGAAAAUAGCACAGGAACUGAAGAGGUUUUUGAGGUGCUGCCUUUACUCAUUGGAAGAUGAAAUCAUCAUCUUUUGCAGGUCACUUUUUUAUUUGCAGAUGGAAGAGCACAAAUGGUACCUACCGUGACUCAAGUAAUUCCCUCGGGAGAGGAACGUGCACUUCGCCCCUCUCCCUGCUCGGAAUGUAUUCCCUUCGGCACUCGCUCCGCUGCCCGGGCCACGUGGGUGGGGACAGCGCUGUGGGCGAGUAGCAGGUUAGGGCUGCAAUUCCUGGGCUCUCCUUAUGGAUGAGGACCCCACCGAAGCCCGGAGGAGAGGGGAGGGUUUUGCUGGGGCUUCUCCACAGCUGUUGGGCGCGCAGGCUCUGGCCGGAGAAGGGGAGUUCAGCCGAGCUGCGCCCGGAAUUGUGUGAAGUGACUCGAAGCUCUGUGUUCCUUUCCU